UGCGUUUCUCUCUCUCUCUCUCUCUCUCGCGGAGAGCAAGAAAAGGAAAUAUAUCCCUUGCGUCUUUAUUUGGGUCUUUCCAUAUCUCGGUAUAUAUCUCACUCUCUCCCCAUCCUCUGUUUCUCCAUCUCUAUCACUCACACUCACGCACUCACUCUGGUUGCUCAAUGCAUAUGGCAAGUACGCAAACUUCAAGAAUCAUCCCCUGUCGCCACACACCAUUUCCCCCGGCUUCUGCGGAGAGCCCUGCAAAUGGCAAGGGUUGGGCUGUGCUGAGGCAAGUGGGUUUUGCUUCUUUUUAUCGACAUAACAGAAGCGGAAAACGGUUCUCCGUCUGCGUUAGAAGAUCCUAUGCUGAACCGAACGGACUCGAUGGGCCCGGGUUUACUAAGAAAUCUCAAGAUGGAUCUUCUUCCAGUGCUGUGGAAGAUGAUCAGAAGGAGGGUCUAGUAUUGGGCACCCAGAGGCAUGAAGGCCCUGCCUCUCUUGCUGGCUUUCACUUGAUUCCUCAGUCCGGUGAUGCAAAGGUCACGGACUCGUAUACAAAGGUUCCUAGUGGUCAAGAGCAUGCAACUCCAGAUACAGAAGAAAAUAUUUUGGCCAGAAUAACCUUCAAUAUUAUCUUUGUUGCGGCGGAGGUUGCUCCAUAUUCCAAGACAGGGGGUUUAGGAGAUGUUUGUGGUUCUUUGCCUAUAGCUUUAGCUGCCCGUGGGCACCGCGUAAUGGUUGUCUCUCCUAGAUACUUGGACGGAGGCCCUUCAGAUAAAAGAUUUGCUAAUGCAGUUGAAGUUGGUUGCCCAACCAAAAUUUAUUGCUUUGGUGGUGUACAAGAAGUUUCUUUUUACCAUGAAUACAGGGGAGGGGUUGACUGGGUAUUUGUGGACCAUCCCUCAUAUCACAGACCUGGAACGCCAUAUGGUGAUGUAUUUGGUUCUUUUGGUGAUAAUCAGUUUCGUUUCACUUUGCUUUGUCACGCAGCAUGUGAAGCUCCAUUAGUGCUUCCAUUAGGAGGGUUCACUUACGGAGAGAAAUGCCUGUUCCUUGCUAAUGAUUGGCAUGCUGGCCUGGUUCCCGUGCUUCUCGCAGCCAAGUAUCGUCCUUAUGGUGUCUAUAAGGAUGCUCGGAGUAUAAUCGUGAUUCAUAACCUUGCACAUCAGGGAGUGGAGCCCGCAAUAACUUACGACAAUCUGGGAUUGCCUCCAGAUUGGUAUGGGGCAGUGGGAUGGGUUUUUCCAACUUGGGCAAGGACACAUGCUUUAGACACAGGCGAAGCUGUGAAUGUCUUGAAAGGUGCAAUUGUAACUGCAGACAGAAUACUGACAGUCAGCCAGGGUUAUUCUCGGGAAAUUACUACUCAUGAAGGUGGAUAUGGGCUACAUGAGCUUCUGAGUAGCAGAAAGACGGUUCUCAAUGGAAUAACAAAUGGCAUUGAUGUCAAUGAUUGGGAUCCCUCUUCUGAUCCUCAUAUUUCUUCCCAUUACUCCUUGAUUGACCUUUCUGGAAAGGUUCUGUGCAAGAUUGCGUUGCAGAAGGAAUUAGGUCUUCCAGUUCGAUCUGAUUGUCCUCUGAUAGGGUUUAUAGGUAGAUUGGACUUCCAGAAAGGUAUUGACAUGUUACUGUCUGCCACCCCAGAACUUUUGCAAGAUGAUGUCCAGCUUGUAAUGCUUGGAUCUGGGGAGAGACAAUAUGAAGAUUGGAUGCGGCACCUGGAGUCACUAUAUCCAGACAAAUAUAGGGGUUGGGUUGGAUUUAAUGUUCCUAUUUCACAUAGAAUAACUGCAGGUUGUGACAUACUAACAAUGCCUUCAAGAUUUGAACCAUGUGGUUUGAACCAGUUGUAUGCAAUGAGAUAUGGCACCGUGCCUGUUGUUCACAGAACUGGAGGUCUUAGGGACACAGUAGAGAACUACAAUCCAUAUGCUCAAGAAGGAACAGGAGAGGGAACUGGGUGGACUUUUUCCCCUCUAUCAAGAGAAAAUCUGAUUGCUGCACUAAGAAUAGCUGUUGGGACUUACAGAGACCACAAGUCAUCUUGGGAGGGUUUGAUGAAGAGAGGAAUGGAGAGGGACUACUCUUGGAACAACGCAGCAGUUCAAUAUGAACAAGUCUUUGACUGGGCCUUCCUGGAUCCUCCUUAUGUCAAGUGAGUGAGUUAAGGAGAGAGGAAGGCAAUCAGCAUCUAUAGGCAAAAGAAAUUUCCUGAUUUUGGAAUACACCCAAAAUUUGUUACCACGAAUUACUGCAUUUUUGCUAGAGCGUUGUAUAAUUAUUAUACAGUCAUGACCUCGGGAACAAAUCAUAGAUUUCUUUUUAACU